AAUUGAUCAGUAUAAUAAGAGUCUGGCAGCAGCAGUUGUCGUGUGUGCUAACGCGCGGGGAAUCAGAGCAGAUGGUCAGUCCAGUUCAAGUGUUCAGCAGUCUAAUGGCUUGUAGAUAGAAACUGUCUCGAAACUAUCCUAUGGAAAAUAUAUUAACUCGCCCAUAUUCAUGUAUCUGGUUAUUUUUCUUCAAUCUAACCAUUUACUUCGUGUGUAAUAAGUCCUCCGGACCACAAGGCGAAGUAGCAUGUUAGGUUGAAUAGUACCUCUGGAACAACACUUUCCUACCACUCAUUUAGAUGUUGCUGGUUUGUGGUGGGCUGUACAUGUACCUCGGAUUUGGAAUUUUCUUUAACAUUUCAGAGGUGCUGACGACGCUGUAAACUAAAGUGUGAACAUGUCUGUCGCGUUAGCAAGGAUACUGUUUUAUCCCACAUUAGCGUAUAAUGUUGUCAUGGAAAAAGUAUCCUCAAGACGGUGGUUCAAUCGCGUGGAUCAGACUGUCAUUCUAGGAGCCCUGCCUUUCAAAUCAAUGACUAAGGAGCUGGUGCAGACAGAAAAUGUCAGGGGGGUGAUAACCAUGAACGAGGAAUAUGAAACAAAAUACUUCUGCAACUCAGCUGAGGAGUGGAAAGCCGAGGGGGUGGAGCAGCUGCGACUCAGCACAGUGGACCUGACCGGUGUGCCCAGUCUAGAGAACCUGCACAGAGGAGUGGAGUUCGCACUCAGUCACCGGGAAAAGGGCUCCAGUGUGUAUGUCCACUGUAAGGCUGGACGCUGUCGCAGUGCUACACUAGCUGCUGCAUACAUCAUACGGAUACACUGCUGGAGUCCAGAGGAAGCAUGUCAGAUGUUGGCCUCUGUCCGACCACAUGUAAUAAUUCGUUCUGCACAGCUGGAGAUGCUUCGGCGGUACCAUCAGCAAGUCUGUGGCGGUGGUUCCAUUUAAGAGUGUUGAGAGGCUGCCAGCAUACUUUAUUGCACUCUUACAGAAACUGUAAAAUGAGCUUUGUCAAGACAAACAAUGUGCUGGUUGAAGGGAUUUUUGACCUUGAGCUCAUUCUUUAUUACAUAGUUUUGUUACUCUACUGGAUCAAGUGCAUUGUAUAAUUCUCAAAUGUUUUGUAUAAUUCAAGUGUUUUAUCACAGCUCAUCAGAACAUGAGGUAUAAUAAAAUGCAGUGUCCAUCGAAGUAUUGACAGGUGGGUGAGGGGGGUGUAUUUAAAAGCAUGUUUCUACACAUUUAUUAAUCUUCCUUAAUAGGAAAUUUGAUUACAAUUUCUAUGUUAAGAAAAUUAGUUUUGUUUUGAUUGUUACUAAUUUCACUGAUGGGUUGUAAAAAACGUCUUGGAAAAUAAUGACUUAUUAUUAUAAAAGGAUAGCUAUUGAUACUUUAUCCAUUGAAACAUAACCGGAGUGAACGUGGGGCCUAAUUGUCUGGAAAGCCGAUGUUGAAGUGAGCUUUUGAAUCAGGAAAGUUUCCGCUCACGACCUGUUACAUUUACAUUUACAUUUUAGUCAUUUAGCAGACGCUCUUAUCCAGAGCGACUUACAGGAGCAAUUAGGGU